AUGAAUGUCAAACCCUACGAUGAUACCUUUAUGUUCGGUAUGUUUGGCCGCUCCAGACCUGGCCUCUUCUCACUCAGUUUCUUGAAAAACAUUCAAAACACAAUACAGCAGAUGUGCCGGAUGAAUGCAGAAUGCCUGUGGAGGAUGUACAAGAUGGCGCCCACUGCUUCCAGAUAUCAAUGGACGUAUAUAAAGGCCGUCUACAAUCUUCCUUUCUCCUCGCUGAGUGGCCCUAUCUCUCCCUCCCCACCUAGCGUGCAACUAGCGAAAUUGCAACUCUACAGUAUGGAAAAGAGGGAAUCAUCGGCAUCCAGUCAUAAUAAUGACGAGAAGUCUCAUAUCUCUGAUUUGGAGCACCCCGCACCGCCAAUCUUGGGUAAGGAUGGUCAAGCCGGCAAAGAACUUGAUAUCUCGCUGGCUUUACCCGGUAUGCUCGGUGAACACGAUGAUGACGAGCUUGACCCUGCCGAGGCGCGAAGGGUGAAGGGAAAGCUGGAUCGGAGGAUACUCCCCUUAUUGAUGCUGCCGAGUGUGCCCUCUGAGAUGGACUAUCUCAAUUUGGCCAUUGGGCGCCAUUCAGUCCCAAACCGCAUCCAAUUCCUCGAUAAAAAUACAAUUGGUGCGGUGUCCAUCUUGGGCUUCCUGCCUGACACAGGCAUGACCGGGGAAGAGCUCAACAACCUCGGCACCUUUUUCUACGUCGGCUACUUGAUCUCUCAACUCCCCCAUUCGUAUGCGUUCCAAAAGCUUCCUGUGGCCAAAUAUCUUGCGUCCCAGAUGUUCAUUUGGGCUGUACUCGUUGGUGCAACGGCUGCCUGCAAGAGUUACAGAGCACUCAUCCCUAUUCGCAUCCUCUUGGGCUUUAGCGAAGGAUGCAUUACGGCUGGUAUCAUGCUCAUCAACUCGAUGUUCUACACUCGUACGGAAAUGGGCGAGCGUAUCGGAUGGACCUUCAUGUGCAAUGGCCUUGCCUCCAUCAUCUCGAGCUUUAUUGCAUUCGGAGCAUAUCAUACCGAAUCUUCCCGACCCGCCGUUCCUGCAACCGCAACAACUCCAGCAAUCCCGGCGUAUCAUCCAAAGGUCGCACAAUGGCAAUGGUUCAUGAUCAUCAUCAGUUGCAUGACAUUUGUUACAUUCAUUCUAUUUGGUCUCUUCUUCCCGGACUCACCUACGAGCGCCAAAUUCUUGACAGAGGAGGAGAAAGUGGUUGUGGUUAAGCGGAUCAAGGUGAACCAAGCAGGCAUCGAAACUAAGGCUUGGAAGCAUCACCAAUUCAUUGAGGCCAUCAAGGAUCCAAAGGGAUACAUUUUCAUGCUCUUUGCUGUUCUGGCCAACUUUGUGGGUGGCGCCGGUAUCCAAUACUCGUUGAUCAUCAAGGAUUUUGGGUUCAACGUUAUGCAAACUACUCUCUUGAAUAUUCCUUCUGGCGAAUUCGCGUGGAUGGAUCUCAGUUAUCUCUUAUACGCCUGCCAUCAUCUGUACCAUCCUCAUGAUCACCCUUCCAAACACUCGGGUCGAACUCGGAAGCACUGCUGCUACGGUUCUCUCCCUCUCAUGGAUCACAACGACCACCUCGGGACAUACCAAGAAGCUCACCAUGCACGCCAUGUGGUUGAUUGGUUACUCUGUCGGCCAAAUGAUUUCUCCUCAAUGGUGGAAGAACAAGUACAAGCCACGCAAUCGCGUCCCCUGGGGCGCAACCAGCGUCGGGAUGCUGCACUUGCUGCUGCUACAACCGAAGAGGAGAAGGAAAAGUAUGGAGAGUAUGGCUGGUUAGAAGUACCCGAUCCAAAGACGGGGGCGAUGACCAAGGUCAGAGUGGAGAAACGAUUCUUGGACCUGACGGACUUUGAAAAUUUGAACUUCCGCUAUAUUCAUGGAUCGAAUUGGGUUCAAGUACAAGACAGUAAUGAACCUCUUGUACCACUUAGCUGUCAAUCUGUUUGUAUGGCGCAAAAUUUGGACAUUGAGUUGCAGAAGACCCAGGUGGUACACCACGGUCAGAGUCCAAUUUGGCAACCACAACUACGGCUCACGCAACUCAACAGAGGAUUCAAUAGCAAUAGACGAACCAAAUGCAGUCGGGCCAACCUUCAGACAUGUGACAGAGCGGUUGUAUGGGCGGGUGAGCAUGGCCGCUCAUACUCGGCAUUCUCUUCCUCAACUUCUGUGCACGCCUUCAAUGCACAUCGAUAUGUAAAGGAAGGACGCAGAAUAUCCAUAGAGAAUAGACGAGACUAUGCCAAGAAAUUUGGACCUUUUGAAGGUGCAGGUCACGAUGAGGCACAAAUAUCUCCAUUCCAUCUCACAGCAUAUAAGGAGUCCACCUAG